AUGACAAAGAAGAGAACUAUAGAUGAGGAUCAGAGCAAUAGCAGUGAUGAGAGCAGUGGAAGUGAACAUCUUCAACUUCAACAACAACAUCAACAGCAACAACAACAACAGAGUUUAAAGAAACAAAAGGUCUACACACCAAAUCCACCUCCAACUGAUCGUCCAGUGCGCGUCUAUGCCGAUGGUAUAUAUGACCUGUUCCACUUUGGUCACGCCCGCUCGCUGCAGCAGGCCAAGAGUCUGUUCCCCAACACAUACCUGAUCGUUGGCGUCUGCAACGACGAGAUGACACACAGACUCAAGGGCAAGACCGUCAUGACCGACGUGGAGCGCGCUGAGUCGCUGCGCCACUGCCGCUGGGUGGACGAGGUGGUCGAGCACGCGCCCUGGAUCAUCACACAAGAAUUCAUCGACGAGCACAAGAUUGACUUUGUGUCGCAUGGUGAGGACGCCUGUUUGGACAAGGACGGCAACGACAUCUAUCAGUUUGUCAAGGAUCAGGGCAAGUUCAUGACGAUCAAGCGUACGGACGGCAUCUCCACAUCGGACAUCAUCCUGCGCAUCGUCAAGGACUACGAUGACUAUGUCAAGAGAAACCUGAAGCGAGGCUACACUGGCAAGGAGAUGAACGUCGGUGUGUUCAAGGAGAAGGCUCUCCAAGUCGAAGAGAAGAUCAACCAAUUCAAGACCAAAGUACGUGACAGUGUCGAUCAGCUCAAGCUGUGGUCUUCAGAGAACAACAUCAAGGAGUUCCUUUCAAAGUUCAGUAGGAGAAUCCCAAAGAUUACCAAUAUGUCCUCGCCACAGAGGAGUCCGGAGCAAGACUUUAGUUAUGAUCAGGAUGUUGUCAGUCCACCACCAUCAAGUCCACCAAGCAACUAUUGA